GGCUUUGACAAGGCAAUGCUCUUGUGUUUCCCCCAGGCGCAGCAACCUGGCGCUGCCCCUGUAGCACGCCAAGUGCCGCUCAUCACUGGUGGCAGUACUGCAGUAACGGCCAACUCCCUGCUCAUGGUCAAGGUGAUGCCCAGCAAGGUGCUGCCCUCCAAGGUGCUCCAGGAAGAGAUCCAGCAGUUGGAGGCCCAGUAUCGCAGGGUAGUGGACGGGCAGAACCCUGUGCCCUGGUUGGCGCAGCGCGGGGUGCUCCAGACAGACUUGCCGUGCAAGUUCUGUCGCGACGGCAGGGCCCUGCUCCAGCCUGACACCAGCGCGAUCAACGGCUACAGCUUGCGCUGCCGCCGGGUCAGGUGGGUUCUUGCCCUGGGGGUUAAUCAGUCCUUCAUCCUGUGCCUUCAUCUGGUCACAGCAUGUGCAUUUAAUUCGCAGACCCACUUGAGCUGCAGGGAAGUGUGCACUCGGUUCUUUGUUCUGCUGGAUCUCCAGCCAUGUUUUGUACAACACCAUGAAACUGCCAAUUGAUCCGAACAUGUGCUGACAGCCGUAUUUUAAAUGAAGAAGGGAAAAGACGCGGGUGGGGUAGAAAUUCAAGGGUGCGUGUGAUGGCACAGAAUGUAAGCUUUCUGUGUUGUUAUGGCAACUUUGACAGUGGAAUGGGAAUCGAAAUGUAGCCUUAUUUUCCACUUACCAUAUGGGGCAUACACGUGAACAGCACUUGGGCUGUGGUGCCCUUUGGUUAAUGUCUCCAUCACUAACACUCCGAGCAUCUUACGCAUGUGUCAUUAGCCAUUACGUUGGUAUGGGGGAAAGCUAAGUUGCUGCUCCAAAAGUUCUUUCACUGUACACCAUAAAAGGCUCAAAUCAUGCGUAUGGGAAUUUGCUAACCCCUUUACACACUGCUGCUGCGCCAGUAAUCGAAGCCUGUGCGUUCUUUGAUAAGCCUGCAAUCCAAAAGACCCAAGAGCCGAGUGUACUGGCCUGCACGCACACUAUACAUUCAGUGCUGUCACAGCGCCCAAUUUGUAAAGCACAAUGUCGCUACUCUGUGGGCCCCUUAUUUGAACUUGUUUAACCAUGGAAGGGACACUUGAAGGAAGGCCAAGCAAGUGUUCAUUACCUCAUAUACCUGGUGGUUUUGCUUCUUACUGCUGGUCUCAGCUUCGUUGUUCAUUGUCUUGGAUCACAAGGCAUAGCUGCUGUGUGAUGCGAAUAGAUGGCCUAUAGUGAAACCGGUGUUUUUAAUUAGCUUCACCCGAGUGGCAGAAUUUGUUGGAGCAAGAAGUUUACCUUGGCUGUGAUUCAAGUACUUCAGUUCCUGGUGUCCUAAGGCGGCAUUUUUUGUCAGCAUUUUGGUCUGUCGUUUAAUACCGCCGUUACUGGGUGUCCAACUUCUAGGGGUUCAAAUUGGAUGAUGUUCUAAUUUGAGUAAGUCAUACUUAAGAAAGGCAUCAACACACUCAUUGUUGGGAGAACUGCAGAAUAAAAGAUUCCUGGCGAUUCUUUUAAUACUUUUUUUUUUUUUGCGCUUCGCUCGUUCUGCUGUAGUAAAAUGCGUGAAUGACACGUGUAAAUGCUAGUGCGCCUUAUAAAUGUUUAGGCAUUCUUGCAGUGUAGUACCACACUCUGAACUACAGUAUAACAUAUGAAAUACUUGUUCUCAGUCUCUUUAUGCACAGUGUAAUUUCCCUGUGGCUUAAUAAUCUGCAAUGCUAUGCAUUGUAUGCAAGUUCUGUAUAUAGUGCCUUGCUGUUGUGUGAGUAUCUUUCAAAAGUAAGGAAUGACAGCUACAGUGGUGUAACAGGUUCCAUCACUUUCCCCGACGGGAAACGAAUGCCGACAGUUCAUUCUGAUGUAUGCAAGGGUUAUUGCCUGCUUGUCAUAAGUAACGUCAUAAUCACAUAGUUGGCAAGGGUUUGCAAAUAGUUAAUUUUAACAUGUAAAAGAAAAAGAGUUUUUUAGAGAAAGGAGGGGGGGGGGGGGGGAGUAAUGCAGUGUUGUGCAAGUUAUAGUUUUGUAUAGGUGAAGUUGUUACUUGUUCACUCCUUGGCUGCAUUUUCAAUACUGUAAAUGUUGAUGCUUGGGCUGUUUUUGAAAUUGGUCACUUUACAUUGAAAAAGCUACCCUGAAUGAAGCCCCGUCAUUUGUGUUAAUCUAAAUCUACCUCAUAUCUGCCGUUAAACUCCACCGUUAAAGGUUUUGUGUCAAGUUCCCUUUGCCAGCUGCUGAACUUUGCAUCUUUCACAGAAAUCGCACUGCGACUUGAAUGCGGGACAAGGUAAUCCUAAGGCAGGGCAUGUUGAAUUUGUCAAAUUUGUUUAUCCCCUGCUCCCCCCCCCCCCCUUUUUUUUUUAAGACAGAGCUUU